CUCUCAUCAUCUGCAAAGACCCAGCAUUUGCAUUAAUCUCCAGUCUCCACUUGUAUCAGAAAGAACACCAAACUUUGACCCCUUCAAAAUGAAAAUUAUGCAUAUGGAGCAUGGUUGAGCACCAUGAUAUCUUCUGUUUUUGGGAGAGAUCUCACUGCUGUUGAUCAAAGGAAUGAUCAAAAGCAGGGGUCCCAUUGAUAAACAAUAAGCUCGUUUUUGUCACUCCGAAUGAGGCAAAUCUGGGUGUGUAAUGGCUAAAAUGACCAACCUAUACAACAAAUGAGAACUGCACUAAAGAUCAAAGAAGCAAACCGAUGGGUUUUUACUGGUGGGAAUUGCGAAUAGGUAAUUUGGUCCAAGUCAGGGUUGUUUUUCAGCAAUCACCGCAUCAGCGAAUGGUGAUAUUUAAGACUAUCCGAGUCAGAGACUCAGACUCGGUGACUAUUGACAAUUACAUGCCACAGUCAACCCCAUAGGCACGUUCACACAAUUCACGCCGUUAACUUUUCUCACCUUUAUACCGACGCCGUUAACUUCCACAAUCCUAUGUACUUUGCAGUCCCUUGGAAGUAAAGAAGACCCAUUAACCAACUCCUCUUUCUCUUCCUCUCCCGCUCUGUCCUUUCUCUCCCCCGCCUCAAAACCCAUCAAGAUAAAGUCAAGCAUAAGACAAUCUUUUUUCAUAUCAUUCUUCACUUUGCCUCCCUUCUUCUAUCUAUCUCUGAGCAUGGAAAUGCAUAGAAGUGCAAAAAAGAUUGAUGCUUGAAGUGCAGAGAUGGAAGUUCUGGGCAGAUUUUUACUUCUGUUUUCGCUGGUGGUAGCAGUACAAUCUACAUGCAACAGUACAGACUACGGAUUGGUUUCUAAUGCUUUUAAAUCAGUCUCUGGAUUCAACAUCUCUUGGUUGAAAUCCCAGGAUGUGAACUGCUCAUGUCCUCCAAUAAAGGUAUUAAAGUUUUCUUCAAAGAAUUUAACUGGUAAUAUUUCAUGGAAAUUUCUCAGGAACAUGUCACAGCUGCACACGAUUGAUCUCUCCAACAAUUCUCUUCAAGGUUCUGUUCCCGGCUGGGUUUGGUCUGUUCAUACACUGGUUGAGGUCAAUUUGUCCAAAAAUAAGUUUGGAGGGACUAUUGGGUUUGAAUUCACCUCGGGAAAUGCUUUGUCUUCAUCGAUGCGUGUGCUAAACCUUUCAGCUAACAGGUUCACCAACUUGGUUAAACUCUCUGGUUUUUCCAAGCUUCAGUUUCUUGACCUUUCCCACAAUGAUCUUGGUAUUCUUCCCUCUGGGUUCACCAACCUUACCAGGCUGGAGCAUCUGGAUAUUUCAAGUUGCAAGAUUUCUGGCAGUGUAAAGCCCAUUUCUGCCCUUAAUUCAUUAAAGUACUUAGAUGUAUCAAACAACUCCCUCGACGGUACUUUCCCUUCUGAUUUCCCUCCAGUCAAUAACCUAAAGUUCCUAAACAUUUCGCUCAACCACUUCACCGGUUCAGUUGGCUUUGACAAGUUCCAAAGAUUUGGCAAAUCUGCUUUUAUUGGAAAUUUCGUUUUCAAUACUUCAAAAAAAACACCAAGCAAUCACAUUAAUUCCUCGACCCCAGCUGAUCACAAAGUCUUCCACAAAAAAUUACCCCUCAAAAAUCACAACAAAAAACAUAAAACCAACUCAAAGACCAAAGCUUUAAUCAUUGGUUUAUCAUGUUCAUCAGGUUUUCUACUUGCUUCCCUUGUUUUUUGCAUCUUUUGCACGUAUAGAAGAAAAAAUCUAGCAAGGAGAAACAAGUGGGCAAUCUCCAAACCGUUUCAACCAAAUUUCAAGAUAGAAAAAUCAGGACCGUUCUCCUUCGAGACAGAAUCAGGAUCAUCGUGGGUAGCAGACAUCAAAGAACCAACUUCAGCACCAGUGAUCAUCUCCUCAAAGCCGUUGAUGAACUUGACCUUCAAGGACCUGAUUGCCGCCACGUCACACUUCGGCAAGGAGUCCGUACUCGCUGAAGGCAGAUGUGGACCCCUUUACAGAGGCAUCCUCCCAAGUGACCUCCACGUGGCAAUCAAAGUCCUUGAACAUGCCAGAGACGUUGAUCAUGAUGACGCUGUAGCCAUGUUUGAAGAUCUUUCUAGGCUCAAACACCCUAACCUGCUACCUCUAUCCGGUUACUGCAUUGCAGGUAAGGAGAAGCUGGUGUUGUAUGAAUUUAUGGCAAACGGGGAUUUACACCGCUGGUUACACGAGCUGCCAACAGGGGCAUCCAACGUGGAGGAUUGGAGCACCGACACGUGGGAAAAUCACAACGGAAUCGGGUCACAUAAUUCUUCGCCCGACAAAACCAACUGGCUCACGCGCCAUCGUAUUGCAGUCGGAGUUGCUCGUGGGCUCGCUUACCUCCACCACGUGGGGUCCAGCCACGGCCACCUCGUGGCUUCCAAUAUUCUGCUCUCCGACAAUUUCGAACCUCGGAUAUCUGAUUUCGGGAUUAGAAAUAUUGGGUCUAAAAAGGAUGAAAACGACGCAGAAAUGGAUGUUUAUUGUUUUGGUGUUGUUUUGAUGGAGCUUUUGACGGGGAAGCCAGGGACGGAAGACAAUGUGAAGUGGGCGAGGAGGUUAGUGAAGGAAGGGAGUGGACUCGAGGCGCUUGACUCGAGGUUGAGACUCGGUGAUGAAUCAGAUGGUGAGAUGGUGGAGAGUCUCCGAGUUGGAUACUUGUGUACGGCGGAGACACCUGGGAAAAGGCCCACGAUGCAGCAAGUUCUGGGUUUACUCAAAGACAUACAUCCAGCGGUGGAUUUCAACUGAUUUGAUGGGUAAAAAGUAAACCACGCUCCAAUACUCUUUGGAGGUUACGUUCACGCGCUGUUAAACUACUUAGAAUUAAAUGUGAAGUUAAUUUUUGGACAGGACCAUGCCCUGUCGUCUCUCAAAUUGGAAUGUUUUAUUUUCUUCUUUUUUCUUUUUUUAAUGGUGUACAUAGAGAAAAGAAUUUAUGGCUAAAAAAAAAAGAAAAAAUGGGCCCAAUAAAAAAGAAAAAUAAAAAGAGAAAAAAAAGGAGGUGGGGUAAGGUAAAAGAAGGAGAUGUUCACCAACCGAUGAGUGGAGAGGGCAGACCACUUAUUGCUUGUCUCUUCUCAUGAGGAAGAAAUCCAUCAUCAACCAUGCUUUUUCUCUUUUCUAAUAUUUUUCAUACUUAUUUUAUCUUUUCUCUUU